GCUGUGUGCGGGAACUUCAGAAGUGUAUUCCGAGCCCUGCUGGAGUUGGGGGAGACCAAAGUUGUAGUCAACUCUGCUGCUUUGUGCCCAGCUCUGAAGCCUCAGUUCUUGCCAAACGGACCUCAGACCCAUGUCAGUGACCCGCGAUGCUGCCCUCCACGCCCUUCAGGAGGAGCAGGCCAAACUAAGGAUGAGGCUGCAGGAGCUGCAGGAGCUGAAAAAGAUGCUCAGGGACUCCCCCAAAGACAAGGUUUCAUUCUCAGGGCCUGAGGUCCCCUUGGUAUUCCGAGGACACACUCAGCAGGGCAGGGAAGUGCCCAAGUCUUUGGUUUCCAACCUGCGGAUCUGCUGCCCUCUGCCUGGAGGCUCUGCUCUGGUUACCUUUGAUGACCCCAAAGUGGCUGAGCAGGUGCUGCAGCAAAAGGAGCAUAAGAUUGACAUGGAAGAGUGCCGGCUGCGGGUGCAGGUCCAGCCCUUAGAGCUACCCAUGGUGACCACCAUCCAGGUGGCCAGCCAGAUGAGUGGCCAGAGGGUGUUGGUCAGUGGUUUUCCAGCUGGACUCAGGCUGAGUGAGGAGGAGCUGCUGGACAAGCUGGAGAUCUUCUUUGGCAAGGCUAAGAACGGGGGUGGUGAUGUGGAGAUUCGGGAACUGCUGCAAGGGAGUGUCAUGCUGGGCUUUGCUACAGACAAAGUGGCCCAGAACCUGUGCCAGAUUGGUGAGUUCAGAGUGCCACUGGGUGGGCAGCAAGUCCCUCUGAGAGUCUCUCCCUACAUGAGUGGGGAUAUCCAGAAGGCUGAGAUCAGCUUCCAGCUAGUGCCCAGCUCAGUGCUGGUGCUCAACAUUCCUGAUAUCCUGGAUGGCCCAGAGCUGCAUGACAUCUUGGAGAUCCACUUCCAGAAGCCCACCCGUGGGGGUGGGGAGGUGGCUGCCCUGACCGUCGUGCCCCCAGGACAGCAGGGCCUGGCAGUCUUCACCUCCGAGUCAGGCUAGGGGACCACCCUUCUCAUCACCCCACCUGUCUGCCAGGGUUCUCAAGUUGGGCUGGAGUUGGUACGCAAGUAUAAGAGAUCUUUAUGCCCACCAACAGGGGGCAGGGAUUCCAGGCUGCAAAAUGCUGCCCAAGAACAGUAA